AUGCCUUUCCCUUCGCUCCGCAGGUGCCGGUCUACCGUUCAGGCACCGGUACCGAGGGAGCACCCGAGGGAGCACCCGAGGCGCAGCCUGUCCGACUGGCGUCUGCUCCCUGACAUCCCUGAAUUUUGGACUUGGAAAACCGAAGCACAGCUAAGACUUUCCGAUGCAUUACAGGUUACGACAAGUACCGCUGCCUCGGCUCAGCCCAGGAGCCUGGACCCCAAAAGCCGCGAUGCUAAACCACGUCUCCUUUUGAUGGGACUUCGCCGGAGCGGCAAGUCGUCCAUUGCCAGCGUUGUAUUCCACAAGAUGCCUCCGAAUGAAACCCUGUUCCUUGAAUCUACCACUCGCAUCCAAAAGGAUUCUAUUCACUCCUUCAUGGACUUUCAAGUCUGGGAUUUCCCCGGACAGCUCGAGUACCUGGAGCCUUCCUUUGAUCUUGAAGACAUUUUCGGUAGCCUUGGCGCGCUGGUGUGGGUAAUCGACGCCCAAGAUGACUACUUGGACUCGGUCGCGCGUUUAAAUCGCACUAUUCUAACGGUACAGCAAUACUACCCAGGCAUCAACAUCGAAGUCUUCAUCCACAAGGUGGACGGACUCUCCGAGGAGUAUCGCACCGACACCUUCCAGGACAUCGUGCAGCGUAUCUCAGAUGAGCUCAGCGACGCUGGAUACGAAAACGCACCGGUCCACUACUACCUCACCUCCAUCUACGACUACUCCGUCUUCGAAGCCUUCAGCAAGGUCAUUCAGAAGCUCAUCCCCAACCUCUCCACCCUCGAAAACUUGAUCAAUACCCUUGGUAACAAUUGCGGCUUCGAGAAGACCUACUUGUUCGAUGUCCUGAGCAAGAUCUACAUCGCCUCCGACACCCGUCCUGUCGACAUGGCCUGCUACGAGAUGUGUUCCGACUACAUCGACGUAAUCGUCGACAUUUCUGAGCUGUACUCCUGGGACCACCCCUCCCGUAGAUCAAAGGGCGAACAAAUCCAGGAGGCGGAGAGCCACGUAGUGCUGCACGAUGAGACCAUGAUUCAUCUCAUGGAGAUGAACAAAUACCUCUGUCUCGUAUCCGUCAUUCGGAACCCCGAGGCAAAGGAAAAGCGAGGUCUAAUUGACAUGAACUGCCGUACCUUCCAAGACGCGCUGAACGAUGUGUUCUCGCGCAGCUGGGAGCAGGAGGACCACGCGAGUGGUUAA